AUGCGGUUAAGCACUGCAAUUUUAAGUUUCACAAUUUUAUUCAUUGCAGUUUCAGCUAAGAUAGACCCACGGAAUUUGAAAUGCUUAGUGUGUCGUACUACAUUUGAAGAGCUUAACGCGGUGAUAAAAGGAGUUGAAAAAUGGAAAAAAGUUGAUGUUGGUAAUUUCCGGAUGGAUGCAGAGGGUAACACAAUGCAGGAAAAGGUGCCCGCUCAUAGAUCUGCUGUGUACAUUUCUGAAGUGAUUGAUGGCAUUUGCAAGAAAAUGGAUGACUACGUGCGCGUAUACUACAAGUCGACGGGCAAGCUGGCCAUCAUGCAGCUGCUUCAACCAGGUGGUGGGAUGAACCCUGACUUCUCUAAGACAAAGUUUGUCACUGAUGACGAUCUGAACAAGAGCUUGGAGUAUUAUUGCGAGCGCAUGUUCGAAGAGAACGAGGAUGAGAUCACGGAUCUGUACAAGCACCGGCCCGAGGAUGACGUCAUGCCCGAUGCUGAGCGCGAGAUCUGCUUCAAGCACGCCAACUACUGCGAGGAGUGGAUGUUGCCAACAUCAGAGGACACCACGUGGACGCCCGAGAUGGAGGCUGAAUAUGUGAAGGUACAUGGUCCCGAUCCAUACGGCUUUGGAGGUGGUUUCCAAGAUCAAAUUAUGCCAGAAGUUCAGGACUCGGACGGCUAUGAUGAUGAUGAAGAGGAUAUCCAGGCUGAGGAGGCUGAAAGUAAGCCCGAGGAGAAGGACGAGCUG